AUGGCGGUGCUUAACCCCUUGUAUGCUGUUUUCCCAGGACUGCUCUUUAUCCUGGCACUCCCACUCAUGGGCUUCGCCGUGGUGACCAGCGUUCUCGCAUUUUCUACGCUUUCUAUUCGAGCAAUUAUCGUCUACAUUGAAAUGGGCAUGGCGUUUAUACACAAUUUUCUAUUCUCAAGCAAUCACAAAUCAACACCAUAUCAUCCUAUAACCCGUGCUCAUCCACAUUCUCCGUUGACUGCAGUUCGACUGAGCAGCGGAGGAACGGGAGGUCACGGACCCGCAUUUGCUCACCACGCUCAAGUCGUUCCUGUCCUGCAGCAUCAGCAUCAACAUCAGCAUCCGCACCAACACCAACAAGCAUAUGCACAGCCCCAUGCUGCGGGACAAGCUCGUCAACCUCGCAGGAAGAAACGCAGAAGCAGCACUUCCGUGUCCGAUCAAGGACCUUCAAUGACGAUCCCGCUCGGCGCGACAACACCCGGCGCGGUAGGAGGAGGAGGAGGACCAGGAGGAGGCACCAACGCUCUCAACCUUGACCGAGACUUUGAAGGCAUGGGCGGCUGGCGAUACCCAGACGCGCCCGAAGACGACAGGACAUGGUCGUCUUUCAAUUCCCGACUCGAGCUUCCUGCGCUGGCGCUUGGCGAGCGGACACGCACGAAGCGGAACCAUAAUCGAUCGUUGACGUCCGGCAGUUUGCCAACGCCGUAUUUGCGCAGAAGCGGAAGUAGAAGUGGCCAAGGGUCUUUUGUCUUUGGCUCGACGGCCUCCGGCGCCAUGUCUCCUGGGAAUAACAUGCCGUUGCGCACACCUCCUAUUGUAGCGACGUCAUCAUCGACCCUGGCUACGCCGCGACGCAGUCAUAGUCCUGAAGAGUAUUUUAGUUUGCAGCACCAUCAUCAUCACCAACAUCAUCCGGAUUCAAGCAGUGCGGGCAUAUCUCGCUCUUUUCCUUACGGGUUUACGUAUCCCCCCACGGGCGCAGACUCGGGCGGUAAAGCCCGGAGUGAGGGCGGUGGGGAAGAAUUCACUGUCGUCUUCGUCAACGUCUUCUGGCUCUGCAGGCGGAGGAGACGCCCAUGGAGGGAAAGGAUCGAAGUUGUAUUUAAAGGUAUCUGGGGCUGGCUCAUGAUAUGUGGAACUGACGGCGGAUUUCAUUACGCACCAAUGGCUUGA